UCUAGACAAAAGUAAACUUACCCUUAAACCGCUCUGCAAUCUUCUCAAAUUCAUAUAUAUGUCAAGAUUCAAGACUCAAGAAAGCUACUAAUAUUCCCUUUAUCAAUCCAACAGUCACAAGAACUUUUUUGGCAUCCAAAGUUCAGCCAUGAGUUCACAUGAUCCCGGAAAUUUUUUUCCCAACAAUGAUCCCACAAUCUUCCCUCGCAAGAACAAGUAUGAUCUCAACAGCAAGAUCAUGCUCGCUGCCAUAGUUUCGCUAUCACUGGUUGUCUUCCUGGUGGCAAUACUUCACAUUUAUGCUAGGAUCAUGCUUCGUCGCCAAGCACGCAGGCGAGCCGCCUUUCGCCAGCUAGGGAUCAUUGCAAGUGCUCAAACUCACUCCGUCGUGCAACCUAAACGAGGGCUCGAUCCAUCUGUGAUUGCUAAACUGCCAGUUUUCGUCUUCAAGAAUACCGCUAGUAAUGAGGACAUGGCGGAGGGGUCAUCCCUCGAAUGUUCAGUUUGUCUAAGCAGCUUAGAAGAGGGUGAAAUGGCUAGGACAUUGCCGAAUUGCAAGCAUGUUUUUCAUGCCGAGUGCAUUGAUAAGUGGUUUAGUUCACAUUCCAAUUGCCCGAUUUGUCGCACCGAGGCUGAGCCAAGGGUGCAAGUUCUUGUACCAGAGCCUGAGCCCAGAGAAGGUAUGAUCAUUGGUGCUUCUGUUGCAAUUCCACCCACACCUCCAGUUUCAGAUUGUGCAAAUUUCACAAGUAUGGAAGGGACAUCAUCUGGUGGGCAAUCAUCAGGUAAACUUGUGAAAGAAUCGUCUCCAAGUUCAAGGUUCAGUUCUUUAAGGAGGAUUCUUAGUAUGGAUAGAUCGCCGCGGCGAAUUCAACCUUCUACACAAGAAACAGACUAUUCUGAAGAUCUUGAAAGACAGUGAAUAACAAUGUAGGUAUAUAAUCAAGUUUUGCUAUACACAAAACUCCCCUUAUUUGCCUCA